UUGCCAACAUUUCCGGUACCCUCCGUUCUUCUACCGUCACUUUCCUCUCCCUCUUCAUGUCUGAUCAUUUUUCUCACCAUAAACCUCUCUGAAAAGUCAGAAAAUAUCCAAAAAAAAAAGCUCCAUUAACAAAUUACACAGAUAGAGGAGAGAGAAAAUCAUCAUUUUCCGACGCCGACAAUACUCGAGUAUAUAGAAAUCUAGGGUUUGAUAGACUGCAAAAAUGGUGGAUGCGAGCGAUAAAUUGGCGUAUUUUCAAGCAAUUACAGGGUUAGAAGACACAGAUUUAUGCACAGAGAUUCUCGCCGCUCAUAAUUGGGAUCUCGAGCUCGCAAUCGCCGCUUUUACGGGUAAUCCUGAUACAUCAGAACCUCCAUCUGAUGUCGGCAGCAGUGGCCAACAAUCUCUGCCUAGUGCGUUUCCAGACGACGCCGUUGUAAGUUCCGAUUAUGAUGCCGUUGUAAGGUCCGAUUUAACCCCUGGAAGCCCUAGUUUAGCGUGGAGGGUUAUAACUCUUCCCAUUUCGGUUGUUUCUGGUGGUCUAGGGUUGGUCUCCGGCGCGGUUGGGCUAGGGUUAUGGGCCGCCGGUGGGGUAUUGUCUUAUUCGAUUGGGAUGUUGGGCUUGGGGGCCCGCCGGGGUGUGGAAUCGUCGUCUUCUGCUAGCCCAUUGGUUCAGGUAUCGUCUUCGGCUACCGAGGCGAUGGAGUUUGUGGCAGCAUUGGAGAGAGAGUAUGGGUCUGCUAUGAGGGUGAACUUUGUUUCGGAGGGGUUUAUGGAUGCGCUUCAGCGGUCAAGGCACGCAUAUAAGCUGUUGUUUGUGUAUUUGCAUUCGCCGGAUCAUCCUGAUACGCCCAUGUUUGUGGAGAGGACGUUGGGGAGUGAAGUGUUUGCCGAUUUUGUGAAUGAGAAUUUUGUGGCAUGGGGCGGUAGUAUUCGUGCUUCUGAGGGAUUUAAGAUGAGUAAUAGCUUGAAAGCAUCUAGGUUUCCUUUUUGUGCUGUUGUUAUGGCUGCUACUAAUCAGCGGAUUGCUUUGCUUCAGCAGAUUGAGGGCCCAAGAUCUCCUGAAGAGAUGCUUUCUAUGUUACAGAGAGUUCUGGAAGAAACUGCACCUGUACUUGUCUCAGCCAGGGUUGAAGCUGAGGAGAGGAGGACCAACAUACGCUUGAGGGAAGAACAAGAUGCUGCUUACAGGGCUGCAUUAGAAGCUGAUCAGGCUAGGGAACAACAGAGGAGAGAAGAACAAGAGAGACUUGAGAGGGAACGGGCUGAAGAGGAGCGAAAACUCCGGGAGGAAGAAGAGGCACUUGAGAGAGAAGCACGUGAAGCAGCUGAAAGAGAAGCUGCUUUAGCUCGUAGAAAGCAGGAAAAGGCUUUGUCUCUAGGUGCUGAACCUGAGAAAGGACCUGACGUUACUCAAGUUUUGGUGCGAUUCCCAACUGGAGAACGUAAAGAGAGGAGAUUCCAAAGCAGUGCAACAAUCCAAUCUUUAUAUGACUAUGUUGAUUCUUUAGAUUGCUCAAACUUCGAGAGCUACAAUCUAGUCUCCAACUUCCCCCGAACAGUAUAUAGUCCAGAAAAGCAUACUUUGACCCUGAAAGAAGCAGGAUUGCACCCUCAAGCAAGUCUUUUCGUGGAGCAAAACUUGUAAGCAAAAAUGUCAUCCAUCAAUCAACACUGUUUACAACUUAUGAUAUCGGAGUUACGUAAGUCUCUUUUAUUCAGUCUAUGUCUAUCAAAUAAUUCUGAUGAUUUAUAUGCGAUGUAUUUCUCACAAAUUCAUAGCCAUUUACGCUCAAGUAGGUGAAAAUCAGAAUAAGGAAUGUUUAGUUUUUGUAACGACCCUAUAAGUUUGGUACUUGUAGGGAAAUCUUUAGAUAUCCUUUUGCUGGAAAGAGUGUUGUAUAUAGCAGCAGUAUAGCUAUUGUGCUAGAAUGUGUUGUUAGAUUUGUCACCUUCAGAAACACAUAAUACAAUCGACUAUUUGUGACGGCAA